CGUCGUCGAUUUCUCACUGGUAUGUCGUCGAUCUCUCACCGUCAUCACAAAAGAAUGACUGCUUUCGGACAGACUACUUGGGGCUUGCGGGAGAUUGCGAGGCCCACGUUGGGUGGGCCAGUGAAGGCUAGGGUUGUUUCCCUAAGGCUGUGAAUUUCUGGAUUGGGAAUGAGCUAUCGGCGACCUCGUUCCAUAAGGAUCACUACGAAAUAUUUCUUGGGCUGUAGGCACUUGAUUGAGCUACGCAGAGCAUGUUACAACAAUGAGCUUUUUGCUCCUUUGGAUAACAUCCCCUCUUCUACAACAAGCAUAGAAAGAGCGCGAAUUGAGGAACCGGAGAAUGGAUUUGGGCAGUCAUAUGGCCCAGAACAUGUUUCUAAUAUCAACAACUCUGACCAACAAAAUGACGAGAUGUUGUAUUCAUCAAACCAAGUUCUUGAUGCAUCGGGUGAGUCAAUUCCUUUGAUGUUGGAUGACAUUGAAAAGGAUAUUCCCCUCAACUCUGCAAAGAGACUGAUGGAAUCCAAAUGGAUUUCAUGACUCCGGAGGUUGAUAGGAUGUAGACGAGCAUGCACAUGAAAUGGAAAUGAUGGAAAAUCUUCCUAAUUAUGACAACUGUGUUGGUCUUUCAUUUUGGAGAUUCGCAACCAAAAGCAUGUUUUGGG